AUGAUACAUCCCAUUGAAAAUGAUAAGAAAAAUCAAAAGAUUAAAAGUAAAAAAGAAAAAAAUAUUAUUGUAAAUUUUUUUAAUAUAAAUAAAGUAAAUGUUAUAUGUACAUUUUUUCUUCUAAUUAUAUUUAGUUAUUUUUUUUUAAUUGGAUUAUUUGAUAGAAAUAUUUAUGAUCCAUUGAAUAAAUUAAUUGAUGAAAAAAAAAUAAAUAAUGUUACUAUUAAUAAUACUAAUUUACCAACAAUAUCAUAUUCUGAUGGAAUUUUAUUAAUAUUUUUUGGUUUAUCAAUAGGAAUUGUAUUUGGUUAUAUUUUACAAUUUAUUUAUAUACCAGCACUUGUUGGAUAUUUAAUUACAGGAGUAAUUAUUAGAAAUGUACAGGUUUUUAAAAAUAUAUUUAUUUUACCACUUAAUUGGUCUUCCUCAAUAAGACUUAUGGCAUUUGUUAUUAUAAUGGCAAGAUGUGGAACUGGACUUAAUAUGAAUGCUUUAAAAAAAUAUUGGUUAUUAUCUGGAGCAAUUGGUAUAAUUUCAACAAUAUUUGAAGGAAUAUCAAUAUCUUUAGUAGCUAUCUUUAUUUUUAAUUUUCCAUCUUCAUAUGGAAUAUUAUUUGGUUUUUUGUUAUCAGCAACCUCUCCAGCAAUUGUCGUUCCAUCAAUGAUAGAAUUAGAAAAAAAGAAAUUAGGUACAAAAAAAGGUUUACCAACUAUUAUUCUUGUUGGAGUGUCAUUAGAUAAUAUAUUUUCAAUUUCUAUUAUAUAUUUAUUUAUAACACUUAUUUUUGAUUUAUCAACAGAAAUAAGUUUAAUGAGAUAUAUUGUUAAUACACUUUUACAAAUAAUUGGUGGUAUAAAAAUUGGAUUAUUAGUUGGUAUAUUUUGUUAUUAUAUUCCUAAAACAACAUUUGGUCUUUGUCAUACAAUAAGAACAAUAAUUUUAAUUAUUGGAUCAUUUGCAAUAUUUUUUACCUUUCGCCAUUAUUCACUUUAUAUUGCUGGUCCAAUUAGUGUUUUAAGUAUGACAGUUUUUAUUUCAAUCAAAUGGAAAGAGGAUAAUCAAGAUAAAAUGAAUGUUGAAAAUAAAUCAUUAUCAUAUAUAUGGAAAUUUAUUUUUGAACCACUUCUUUUUCUUUUAAUUGGUUAUGAAAUGGAACUUAAUCAAAUAUCAACAUCAUAUAUUAUAAUUAGUUUAAUAUUUAUAGGAAUUGGUAUUCUUGCUAGAAUUGUAACAAUAUUUUUUAUUACUUUAUCAUCACAUCUCUCAAUCCUUGAGGGUAUUUAUUCAUCUAUAGCAUUUAUACCAAAAGCUACAGUACAGGCUGCCAUAGUACCAUUUGUCUAUGAAGCCAGUUUAAUGAGUUUAAAUAAGGAGGUGAAAAAUAAUGCAAGUAUUGUUUUAUUAACAUGUAUCAUAUCAAUAUUUUUGACAGCUCCAAUUGGAAAAUUACUUUUAUUAGUUUUUUCAAGGUUAUGUUUAACAAAAGAAGAAAUAAAUCAAACAAUUGAAGAAGAUGAUGAAAAUGGAAGGAGAACUGUAAUUUCUAAUCCAGUAUUGGGUCAUUGGCCAAAUCAUAUUAGUUACCCAGUACGUCCCUACUACACAAAUGUUUACUUUCCUGGUUAUUAA